AUGUUAGUAAAGAGAUAUCGAGUUUAAGUUGAUUAUGAAAUAUAAAAAGAUAAGGUUUAUUAUUAAAUCUUAGUUACUAAUAUUAAUAAUGAAAAUGAAACAAAAACAACAAUUAAUAGAUAUUCUGAAAUAAAAGAUUUUAAUGAUCAAUUGUAAAAGAAUGUUUGUCUAUUAAAAUUAUUAUUACAAUUGCCGUAGUUCCCUGGAAGAUCUUUCUUUAGCAAAACUAAUGAUGAUAAAGAAAAAAUAAUAUAAAGAAAAAUAGAGUUAGAAACUUAUUUUAAUGAACUAUUUAGUAUUGAGAAAAUAUUAAGCUUAAAACCAGUUUAAUAAUAUUUACCUAUAGAUAAUACUUAAAAUAAAGAGUAAAUAAUCAAUAUAUUAUAUAGAAUGAAUAUUAGUAUUAAAAUAGAAAAUUAUGUAAUUUAUGAUGACAUCGUUGUAUAUUCUCUUCGUUUUAAGAAUAAUUUAGAAGGUGAUGAAUGGAUAUAUAAAUAAAGAUAUUCAGAAAUAAAAAAUAUUCAUGAUGCUCUUCUUGAUUAAGGAUUUAAAAAUAAGUUGCCAUCAUUUCCAACAAGGAAAUUAUUUGGAUAAACUAAUGAAAAUCCUGGUAUCAUUAUUUUUAUUUAUUUUAUAAGAAACUAUAGAAAAACGUAAAGAAGAUCUAUAAAAUUAUCUUAAUUCUUUGUUCUGUGCACAAGAAGUAUAAGAAAGUUAAAUCAUUAAAUUUCUUAUAUCAGAUUCAAAAAAGUAUCAUGAAAAGAAUUUAAAACUUGAAGAAUUAAAAAAAUCUUCUACUCUUAAAGCUUAAGCAGACUUUAACUAAAAAUAUAGAGAAAAAACAUAGAAAAAUAGCUUAUUAAUUCAUGAAAAUAUAUGA